GAACCAAAUGCUGGAGAUGGUGGAGGUUAUAGAUGUACAGCCAAAAACCAAUUGGGCGAGUCGAACGCCAACAUUAACCUCAAUUUCGCAGGAGGUGGAGGUGAAGAACCUAAAUCGAAAGGACCGUCUUUCGUCGGCAAGCCAAGAAUCAUCCCAAAAGAUGGUGGAGCCUUGAUAGUAAUGGAAUGUAAAGUCAAGAGUCCCACUCCACCCACAGCUAAGUGA